UGGAGCGGCUCGAGCCAACCCGAAGCCCCCCGCGACCGGGGUGACGGUCCCUCGCCCUCUCCCGCCCGGCACCCCGCCUCGAGCAUCAUGGGCCUGAGGGGUUCCCGGGACGCCGGACGCUGAAGAUGACCGAUGCUGGAGACCUGGACUUGGCAGUGCCAGAGACCGCCAGACUGGACAGCAGUUUACACAAGGCCCGAGCCCAGCUGCUGGCCAAGGGCCGGAGACACCGACCCUCCCGCUCCAGGCUUCGAGAUAGUGCCAGCUCUGCUGAGGACGGUGAAGGCUCUGACGGACCUGGAGGCAAGGUGACAGACGGCUGCGGGAGUCCCCUGCACCGGCUGCGUUCGCCUUUGCACUCGGGCCCGGGAUCCCCUGCAGGGGGCUCGUUCUGCCUGGAGCCUCCGGGGUUGCGACGCAGCCUGGACGAAGACGAGCCGCCGCCCUCGCCGCUCACCCGCUACCGGCCCCUUCACAACGCCGCCUCACACGAGGGCCUGGCCGCUGCCUCCAGCUCACCUCCGCGCUCGGCGCCCUCCUCGGACAGCUCGCCCAGCUUCGUGCGCCGCCACCCGCGCGCAGAGCCGCACAGCGAAGAUGACAGCAGGGAUGCUAGCCCUCCUGAGCCGGCCAGCCCCACCAUUGGCCUGGAUAAGAAGACGCGCAGGAAGUUUCUGGACCUGGGGGUCACCCUCCGCCGAGCAUCCACUGGCAAGAGCCGGAAGGAGAAGGGCAGUAACCGCCUGUCCAUGGGAAGCAGGGAGUCAGUGGAGGGGUCUGGCAGGUCAGGGGGCUCCCCGUUCCUGCCGUUUUCCUGGUUCACAGACAGUGGCAAGGGUUCAGCAUCCUCGGGCACCACCACCUCCCCGGCCUGCUCCCCUAAACACGAAGGCUUCAGCCCUAAGAAGUCAGCUUCCCAGGAAUCCACCCUGAGUGAUGACUCCACGCCCCCCAGCAGCAGCCCCAAGAUCCCCAGUGGUCCUCGGCAAGAGGCCAAGUGUUCCUACCCUUACCACACGCUGUCCCAGUCUUCAGAUGAGGUGAGCAAAGCUGGCCGAGGUGCUGCUGGGGCCUUUUGGCUCUGCCAGCCGCAGGCCAAGCCUCUCACUCUCCUCGAUCUCUGCCCCAGUUCUUGGAUGAGCCCCUCCCCACCGUCCAGCACUGGACCAGCCAGCAAGUGGGCCAGUGGCUACACAGCCUCAAUCUGGACCAGUACGCUGCCGAGUUUGCUGCCCGACAGGUGGAUGGGCCACAGCUGCUGCAGCUGGAUGGAAGCAAACUGAAGGUAGAUCAUGGUGCAAGGUCACGACCCAGAUGGAUGGAGAUGAAGGCAACCUUAAACCCAGCAUCCUGAUCUUUGACCCUCAGCCCAGCCCCCCCAGGCUGAUCUUUGAACUCCCUUUCCAGCCACUGCCCUGACCUUUGAGCUGUGGGCAAGGUCCUUGUCUAGUCUUUGCACUCCAGCAGGGAACCCCAAUCUGACCUGAAACUCAAAAGCAAGCACUUUGAUUUGACCUCUAGCUCCAGCUAAAGUAUCCAGGUUGACUAUGCCCUUUGGGACUGUCACCUGACCUUGGGUGCUUAUGAGUUUCUUGGUAUCACAGGAAGCCAGGCCUCUCCCGGAGUCAGCUCUGAUUCUCAGUCUCAGAGGCAGGUGGUAAUGGUGUGUCAGGGGAACAGGGUGCAGGGGGUGGCUUCUGACAUGUUCUGGUGGGGGAGGCCCUGGUCUGUAAAGUAGAGUGUCUGGACAUGGGGAGGGGCCUUGACCAUGGACCAGCUGUGUGACCUUGGUCAAGUCACUCUCCAUCUUUGGGCCUCAUGGGUAGUGUCAUGCCAAGACUGAAAUCCUGAGUGGAGGAAUGGGAGCCAAGGGCAGGGUGGGGAAGGGAGUGGGGGGCGUUGAUCCCCUGGUAUCCUUAGCCCUCUCCUCUCCCAAUCACUUUAAUUCCUGAUUCUUGCCCAAGGCAAGUCACAGUGUGGGAGGUGGAGGCUACCCUUAAGGGGGGACUUCCAGGGUCCUCAGAGAGCAUCCAUGGAGCAGCAAGCACCUGGGGCUUAGGUUGGCCUGAGGGAUGGUUCUGGGACUCUCCUUCCCCCCCUGGAUUCCUCCCCAGAGCUUGGGACUCAGCAACUCGCAUGAUCGGGCGCUAGUGAAGCGGAAGUUGAAAGAGCUGGCAGCAGCAGCUGAGAAGGAGCGCAAGGCACAGGAGAAGGCUGCACGAC